AUGCUAUUUGAAUCAAUUAAAUUAAACAUAAAAAUAAAUAAUUCUUUAAAUGAAUGUUCAAAUUUAUUAAUUAGUGAAAAUAAUAAACAUUCAUUAUAUAUUAAUUCAUUAAAUACAAUUACAACUAGAAAUCAAACUAGUAGCUUUUUUUUUUCUAGACCAAAUUUCCAAUGUUUUUAA